AUGGCAAUCCAAACACCAAGACAACGUCUAGCGAACGAGAAAUGGGCCAAGAAGAACGAAAAGAAACUUGGGAAACCAAAGGUCAAGGCCAAGGACCAAGUUUCCAAAUCACCAAUUUCUAAACCAUGGAUCAUUGCAUUGAUAUUCCUACUUAUCGGAGGAGCUAUCCUCGAAUUGGUAUCUCUUCUACUGUGA